AGUGACGUUAACACUAAGUCUCACACGGAAACGACAUACUUGACAACAAACAGGGGGACACUUUUUUUAUUUUUAUGUACUGUACUUAUUCUGUCUAUCGAGAAAUAUUUCCAAAGGCCCGCAAUAGUUUGUACACGUUGCUACAAAAUCAUUGCAGCUGCCUCGGCUAACUGAGGCUAAAAUCCAACGUAAGCUAAGACUGCGAGGAAUUUGAAUCGAGCCUGCAGUGUGAAGUGUCGUUAGCUCGUUUGUACAGGAGUUGUCAGUUUCCAGUAUGGCCUGCACUUUGGAAAAAGUGUUGGGCGAUGCUCGGACCCUUCUCGAGAGGCUGAAAGAGCACGACACGGCUGCCGAGGGACUGAUAGAGCAGUCCGGGGCCCUCAGCCAGAGAGUGCAGAGCAUGAGAGAGGUGGGAAAUGCUCCUCCAGACAAGCACACAGAAGACACUUCAGAGAUUCAGGAGCUGACAAAAUACAAGCCUCAUGUCCUUCUGACUCAGGAAAACACUCAAAUCAAGGAGCUACAGCAGGAGAAUAAAGAACUAUGGUUAUCUCUUGAAGAACACCAGUACGCGCUAGAGUUGAUCAUGGGUCGAUAUCGCAAGCAGAUGCUCCAGCUGAUGAUGGCAAAGAAGGAGCUGGACACCAAGCCUGUGCUCAGUCUCCACGAGAACCACGCAAAAGAAGUGCAGAGCCAGGUGGAGCGGAUAUGCGAGAUGGGCCAGGUGAUGAGAAGAGCAGUGCAGGUGGAUGAUCAGCACUACUGCUCUGUUCGAGAGAGGCUUGCUCAGCUAGAGAUUGAGAACAAGGAGCUGCGAGACCUCUUAGCCAUUAGCAAGAGUUCUGUAAAGACAGCGAAAGAGGAGACCAGCCAGCCCGCAGCAGCAGCAGCAGCAGCACAACAACAGUCCCCUCAGCCAGAGUCCUACGAGUGACCAGAACAGCUUCAGUGUGAACUGUGGUCCUUCAGGACCGAGACACAGGGUUGAUGAUCUCUCUACUUUUCAUCACAUUAUUAUAUAUAUAUAUUUUUUUUUUUACAUAAGAUGGAAUGCAAUCAAACCACAACAUCUUUGUAGCAAAGGCUAUCAGAUGCGUUUACCUGCAGGUACAUCUGGAUGGUAGCACUUGUUUUCACAUUUACAGUAUGUGUAUUAUAACUGCAGUCAUGUUGGAGUGAAUUUUGCAUCACCUGUGACUUUUGAUGAGGUGUCUUGGUAAUCACUAGCACAUGAGCAAGAAUUCAGUGGGAGUAAAGACACGUGUAAGGCAGUAAAAGCAAAGGGGAUUUAUUUUGUUUUUGGCCAAAGAUAGAUUUACUCUUCAAGGACACAGUUUCUACCUCUUUGGUGCCCCUUUGCUGUUCACACACACACACACACACACACACACACACACACACACUCACAAUGUGUAAAAUACUCAUAAUCACCCCUACUAUGAGUUCACUUGAAGUCCAUUAAGAAGCCAACUUGUAGUCUGCACCAUUUUAAGAGGCUGUGCUUGAUAAUCACUCUGCCAACCAGAUGAAUUUUGGCUGUUUCACAGAGUUUGCCUGCUGAGGAGUGACAGUGGAUCAUUUGUAUGUGAUUGUCUGUCAUUUAAUGAAUUUGAUACGUUUGUCGGUCUGUUUGUAGAAUUCAUAUAUAACAUGAUUUCCAUGUUUAGUACUUUGAUUCUGUGUGUUAAACACCAGUUUUGUAGUUUUCAGAUUUGGAUGCAGAGGUGUCCCAGCUGAUGGCACGUCUUUAUUUAAUGGUAACAAUUUCAGAACAUGCCAAGUUUUUGUGUAAUCAGAUGUUUGCACACUGUUAUGUGUCAGAAAUUGUAUAUUGUCAUCUCAGGAAAUCAGUGUUAAUAAGGUGAACAUGCUGUAAUGACUUCAUGACAGUGUACUGAUUUGUGUCAAACAAAAUUUCAUUCAGAAACUUUAAAAUAAAU